CAUAAUUUUACUCCCUUAACCGUGUAGGCUAAUCAUAAUAGAUCUAGUAACAUCGAGCAACCCAUAGGUUUAUAACAAGUAUUUAAUUUAAACACUUAUUGAAAUUGAAGAUAGAAACGCCGCAGGUUGAAUUGGAUCGUGGAGUCGUGACGCCUAACAGUCUGUUACUUAGCAAAGCGUCAAAAUGGCGAACUAUGAGGAGGAAGUAUUCCAUCGACGUGUACAACAAAAGUUUAGUGAGAGGUUUUCAAACGAAUCUACGAAUGAUUCAAACUUUAACCAGAAUAAAAAUGGAAGUUCUGGGAAUCCAGCCGCAAAGCAAUCCCCUUACUGCAUUCAAAAUUUUCUGUGGUUAGGAUUAGCUAUUCUUGUAUUUUAUUUUUCUGACUUCGGUAAAGUUGUGAUUUAUGACCAGCGCAUAAAAGGGUCAUGGUUUUGGACUGGUUCCUUUUUUAUGGGUCUCCAUGCAAGCAUAGCAAUUUUUCUUAUUUUCUGGUUGAGCUUUUGGAAGAAAAUAAGUUCUGAAGAAUGGGAAAACAAAUAUCCCAGGGCAGUACCUAUAGCAACAGCAGCAUUUAUUUUAGGAAUUAUAUGUUUAUCUGUCAGCCUUUGGCCUGUUUGGGGAUGGCUUACUCCAGUUAUCUUAUUGAUUUUAUUUAUGGGAGGAGUGGUUAUAAUAGCAAUGCUUGGUUGAUUAAAAUGUGAUUAUUUCAAUGCAAAACUUCUUGCUGAUUUUAUAUUUUCAAUUAUUUUAGUACAUUGUUUUUUAACAAGUCACAGACAAGAUAUUUUACAAUAUUUUGUCAUACCAUUUUAAGGAACCACUGUUAUUGAUAACAUUUUGAACACUGGAUUUGUUUUAAUUAUACAUGUUUUAAAAUGAAAUUCUUUGGUAUAAUAGUUCUGUGUAGGUUUUGCCAAUUCUUCUGCUUUGAAUGAUAUAAUGUAAGAAAUGAAACAUUAUACUCAACUUUUUUUAAUAUAUUUAUAUUAGUUCACUUUGACUUUGGCAUUCAAGCACUGGCAUAUGAAAGGGGUAGAUUGUUUUCCAAUUGUUUUUCAAAAGUAGACAUCCAUCUUUGUAUAUGGUUUGUGAAAUAAUAACUUUCAAUCUUGGAGUUUGGAGCAUUAAAAAAAACUAUCACUUCAUGAAGUGAAAUUUAUUAGAUGAUGGGGGAAAAAACAAAAGCAAUGCUGUUUAAAAAGUAUUUAAAACUUUUUUAUUAAGCAGAACAUACAAAACUAUAAAUUAAUAACCCACAAGACACCACAAUAUCAAUUUUUAAAAAUAUAACAUGAAUACAAGUUAAGAAAGGAAAAAAAGUUUUUUAAAAAAUCAAUUAGUUAAAUAGAUUUUUCAAGUAGCUACUGUUAUAUUGUAACUCAAAUUCUUUAUUUCUAAGGAUGAAUUAUGGGAAUGACAUUUCAAAAUAAAAAUUAACUAAUUUAAUUUUUGAAUGGGAAAAUAUUUAAAAAAUAAUACUGUUUUUUUAUAAAACACUAGAUAUGAAAUGUUUUAUAAACCAAACUACAUAUCAAGUAGAGAGAUAUCCAUAAUAAUUUAAAGUUGUUUACAUAGUUACCAUAUAUAUUCAAGCUAAUAAUAUUUCUAAAAAUAAAAAAAAAAACUACUUUCAUUAGAAAAACCACUCUCUAAUAAGUUAUAAUAACACUUAUGAAUCCUGAAAAAAAAUUCACUGGUGAAUAAUAUUUGUUAUGGCAUUAUAUAUCAAAUGAAUAACAACAACAAUGGGGCUAUGUUUUAGUAUUUAUGGAAACAAUUUAGUACUACUGUGAAAUUAAAACAUGACCAGAGAAUGCUUAAUUACAUUAUAGUAUAGUAUCUCUUUGGCAUCAAGUUACUUGACAAUUAAAAAAAAGCCUCUUAAAAUAAUCUAGCUUUUUUUUAAAUUACUAUAUUCCUAUUACAUUUGCCUAACAUGUUCAAAAUCUAAAUAACCAUUAAAGGUAAUUGAAAUAUGGGUUUUAAACAACACACUAUACUGAAGGCUUCUUAAGACAAGAAAGUAAACAAUGCAAAGAAAAACAUAGGAAUCCUUUUCAACAAAAACUAUAGACCUGAAGAAAGUAGCCUAAUAGUAGCAAAUUAUAAAAAUGGAUUUUCUAACAUGCACUCUACAUUUAAAACACUGCAAAAGAGAGAAAAAUUCAGAUAUUAAAAGUAAAGCAAAGUUUUUAAAAGUAUUAAGUGCGUGUUCACCUAGUUAUUAAUUGUGAAACAUCUUGUCAAAGCUCUAUUUUAGAAAUUAUUGUUACUAGAAUUUUAAUACUGAAGAAUAUUUGUGAUUCCUUGCUUGUAUAGAUUUUAGAAAAGGUUAAUAGGUACUUUAGGAGCCAACUAUGAAGUGUUUGAAAUUCUUUUAACUGUUUGUUUUAACUAAGCAAUAGAUUCAGUUGUAUUAUUAGGUAAGAGAACUUUUUUUUAAAGAAAAUCAUUACCUAUUGAUGUCUAUCUAUGUCUGUUAAAUUUUAAAACAAAUGAGCUUUGAUUACACAAUGUGUUUAAAUAAUUAAAAUACGAUCAACAAUAGAAAUAACAUUUACAAAUUAUUUUAAAAAUCAAGAAAAUACCUUACUAUAUUAGGACUUAAAAUAAUUUUUCAAGUUAUUUUGAAUUGGACUAGAAAACUACUUUCAGCAGUUUUUAGAAGUAAUAAUGUUAUGGACAAUUUAUUUUUAAGUGGCCAACUUUUCCCACAUUAUAUAUUGAAGGCUAAAUGUUUUUUUCUCACAGAAGUUAGUAAAUGAUUUAUUCUUUAAAAAUUAAAUUAUUUUUUAUUUCAUUAAACUUGUAAAAUAUUACUUUUUAGAUGAUAAAGCAGAAAUUGUUUAUUAUGUUAAACGUGGUUAAUUAUGGAAAAUAAUUAAUUCAUCAACUCUAUAAAUGUAAACUUAAAAAUAUUUAUACAUAAAAUGAUAAGUAUGUUUAAAAUAUAAUAUUUUGAACUUAUUGAAUGAGUUUUAACUCGAGGGGGAAUCAGUGAUGAAAUUUGACCACUUAUUUAAAUUUAUAAAUUAUAAUAACUAAACAAUAGAAACAGCUGUAAACCUUUACUAACAAGUCCCAAGUGGUUUGAGAUUUUGAUCUAGGAUUUCAAUUUAAUUGUAACAAGAAAAUUAGACACCAUUUAAGAAAAAAUUGUUUAAUUUAAAAAUCUCCAAAAAGAAUUGGAGCAAAGUUAAUCUUUUUUUUAAUUAGUACACAAUAUAUUCCAUAAUUUCUAAAACAUAAAACAAAUUUACAUAAUUUCUAAUUGGGAAAGUGAAAUUUUAAAUUUCUUAAAAACUCAACACUCCUACUAAAAAUACAAAACUUUGUCCCAAACCAUUCUACUUCUGCUAAAAACACAUGCACUCAUUUAAAAAAGCACAACAUUGACAAUAUGAAGUGAACUGUAUUGCAGAAAUGCUUAUAUUUUAUGUACAUUAGAAAAAAAAAACAAAUAAAAGUUAAAAAAUAAAUAUGUCUUUAAUCUUUUCAAAAAUGCCAUAGCUGCCAUGCCAGUUAUCUAGGAAAAAAUAUAAUACAAAAAUUGACAUUUCCAAAAGUGAAGUAAAAUAAAAAGUAAGAUUGAAAAUAUAUAAAUAUUUGAAUUUAUAACAGAAAAAUGGGUUUCAAGGGUUUAAAGUAUUUUUAAAAACUGCCGACUAAUUCUGAAUGCAUUUUUAUGCAAUAAUAAAUUUAACCCUUCU